AUGAGUCAGCUAGAGAUCUGUGAGGAGCUGGAGAUGGGUCAGCUAGAGAUCUGUGAGGAGCUAGAGAUGGGUCAGCUAGAGAUCUGUGAGGAGCUAGAGAUGGGUCAGCUAGAGAUCUGUGAGGAGCUAGAGAUGGGUCAGCUAGAGAUCUGUGAGGAGCUGGGUCAGCUAGAGAUCUGUGAGGAGCUGGAGAUGGGUCAGCUAGAGAUCUGUGAGGAGCUGGAGAUGGGUCAGCUAGAGAUCUGUGAGGAGCUGGAGAUGGGUCAGCUAGAGAUCUGUGAGGAGCUGGAGAUGGGUCAGCAUGAGAUCUGUGGGGAACUGGGUCAAUGUGAGAUCUGA